CCAAAGUCUACUACAUCUAGGACCCAUAUUUUCUAUGUUAAUAUACAUUCCUUCUACUUUUUAAGGUACUUUGGAUUUCCAGAUUGAUUAGGAUUCUCUACAUGGCAUCACCCAGCAACCACUCCACUGGCCUCAUCUCUGAAUUUUUCCUCAUCUGCUUCCCCAACUUCCAGAGUUGGCAGCACUGGCUGUCCCUGCCCCUCAGUCUUCUCUUCCUCCUGGCUAUGGUGGCCAACACCACCCUCCUGAUCACCAUCUGGUUGGAGGCUGCUCUGCACCAGCCCAUGUACUACCUGCUCAGCCUCCUCUCCCUGCUGGACAUGGUACUCUGCCUCACCGUCAUCCCCAAGGUCCUGGCCAUCUUCUGGUUUGACGUCAGGUCUAUCAGCUUUUCUGCCUGCUUUCUUCAGAUGUUCAUCAUGAACAGUUUCCUGACCAUGGAGUCUUGUACAUUCAUGGUCAUGGCCUAUGACCGCUAUGUGGCCAUCUGCCAUCCCCUGCGGUACCCAUCCAUCAUCACUGAGCAGUUCGUGGUUAGGGCUGCCAUCUUUGUUGUGGCCCGAAAUGGACUUCUUACUAUCCCUAUCCCCAUCCUUUCUUCCCGACUCAGGUAUUGUGCAGGGAACGUCAUUAACAAUUGCAUCUGCACUAACCUGUCUGUUUCCAAACUCUCUUGUGAAGACAUCACUUUUAACAGGCUCUACCAGUUUGCGGUAGGCUGGACCCUGCUGGGCUCUGACCUCAUCCUUAUUGUUCUCUCUUAUUCCUUUAUCUUGAAAGUUGUACUAAGGAUCAAGGCUGAGGGUGCUGUGGCCAAAGCCCUGAAUACCUGUGGUUCCCAUUUCAUUCUAAUUCUGUUCUUCAGCACAGUCCUACUGGUUCUGGUGAUCACCAACCUGACCAGGAAGAGAAUUCCCCCAGAUUUCCCCAUCCUGCUCAACAUCCUGCACCACCUCAUCCCUCCAGCUCUGAAUCCCAUUGUUUAUGGUGUGAGAACCAAGGAGAUCAGGCAGGGAAUACAGAAACUGCUGAGAAAUUUGUAA